UAUAGUAAGCAGCAUAAACAGGAAAAGAUGUCGGCCGGUAAUGGAAACGCAAACGGUGACGGAGGGUUUAGCUUCCCGAAAGGACCAGCUAUACCAAAGAUAACGACGGGAGCUAAAAGGGAUAACGAAAUAUGCCACGAUGACAGUGGUCCGACUGUGAAGGCGACGACGCUCGAUGAGCUUCACUCUUUACAGAAGAAGCGUUCUGCUCCCACCACUCCUAUUAACCAAAGCGGCGCUGCCUUCUCCGAGGAGGAACGCCAGAAGAUUCAGCUUCAGUCUAUCAGUGCAUCGUUGGCCUCGCUGACGAGAGAAUCUGGACCCAAAGUGGUGAGAGGAGACCCGGCUGAGAAAAAGGCCGACGGUACCACUACUCCGGCGUACGCACACGGCCAGCAUCAAUCCAUCUUCUCUCCAGCGUUGGGAGCUGUAAGUGAUAGCUCCUUGAAGUUCACCCACGUCCUCUACAACCUUUCUCCCGCAGAGCUCUACGAGCAAGCUAUCAAGUACGAGAAAGGUUCGUUCAUCACUUCCAAUGGAGCUUUGGCUACGCUUUCCGGUGCCAAAACUGGUCGUGCUCCGAGGGAUAAGCGUGUCGUUAGAGAUGCGACUACAGAGGACGAGCUUUGGUGGGGAAAGGGCUCGCCGAAUAUCGAAAUGGAUGAACAUACAUUCACGGUGAACAGAGAAAGAGCCGUUGAUUACUUGAACUCCUUGGAGAAGGUGUUUGUGAAUGAUCAGUUCUUGAACUGGGACCCGGAGAACAGAAUCAAAGUCAGGAUUGUCUCAGCUAGAGCUUACCAUUCACUCUUCAUGCACAACAUGUGUAUCCGGCCAACACCGGAGGAGCUUGAGAGCUUCGGUACUCCGGACUUCACUAUAUACAACGCUGGACAGUUUCCGUGUAACCGUUACACUCACUACAUGACGUCAUCCACUAGCGUAGACUUGAAUCUUAGCAGGAGGGAAAUGGUUAUACUCGGCACUCAAUAUGCUGGUGAGAUGAAGAAGGGACUUUUCAGUGUGAUGCAUUACCUUAUGCCUAAGCGUCGGAUUCUCUCCCUUCACUCUGGUUGCAAUAUGGGAAAAGAUGGAGAUGUUGCUCUCUUCUUUGGACUUUCAGGUACUGGAAAGACGACGCUGUCUACUGAUCACAACAGGUACAUGAUAGGAGAUGAUGAGCAUUGUUGGACUGAGACUGGUGUUUCGAACAUUGAGGGUGGAUGCUAUGCUAAGUGCGUUGAUCUUUCGAGGGAGAAGGAGCCUGAUAUUUGGAACGCCAUCAAGUUUGGAACAGUUUUGGAAAAUGUUGUGUUUGAUGAACAUACCAGAGAAGUUGAUUACUCUGAUAAAUCCGUUACAGAGAACACACGUGCUGCAUACCCUAUUGAGUUCAUUCCAAACGCGAAAAUACCGUGCGUUGGUCCACACCCGAAAAACGUGAUUCUUCUGGCAUGUGACGCCUUUGGUGUUCUCCCGCCUGUGAGCAAGCUUAAUCUUGCACAAACCAUGUACCACUUCAUCAGUGGUUACACUGCUCUGGUUGCGGGCACGGAGGACGGCAUAAAGGAGCCAACAGCAACAUUCUCAGCAUGCUUUGGUGCAGCUUUCAUAAUGUUGCAUCCAACAAAGUAUGCGGCUAUGUUAGCCGAGAAGAUGAAGAGGCAAGGCGCUACUGGAUGGCUCGUUAACACUGGUUGGUCCGGUGGCAGCUACGGUGUUGGAAACAGGAUCAAGCUGGCGUAUACUAGGAAGAUCAUCGAUGCAAUCCAUUCAGGGAGCUUGUUGAAGGCUAACUACAAGAAAACAGAUAUUUUUGGGUUUGAAAUCCCAACUGAGAUUGAAGGGAUACCUUCGGAGAUCCUGGAUCCUGUCAACUCGUGGUCUGAUAAGAACGCACAUAAGGAAACUCUGUUGAAGCUGGGAGGUUUGUUCAAGAAGAACUUUGAGACGUUUGCUAAUCAUAAGAUUGGUGUGGAUGGUAAGCUUACGGAGGAGAUUCUCUCUGCUGGUCCUAUCUUUUAAGAGAGAACUACUAUGAUGUUGUCAAAAGAAAAAAGUUUAUGAUAAAUAAGACUUGUGACUCCUGUCGUGUAAGAAAAAAAUUCAUAUGAAGUGGUCUCUCAAGCAAAAGGAACUUCCAAACGUGUUGGUUAUGACUUAUGAACCAUAUAUGUAAUUUGACUUCAUCUAUUGUUGUUUAUUAAAGUUGGGACUUUUGUCAUA